CGUUUGGUAUUUAGUUGGCUGGAAAGCUAUGGUAACACUGUCACUACGUGCCGAAAAUUUCCCAAAUUGCUUAGAAUUGUUUUUUUGUACUUUACUGAAAUAUUUAAGUUAAAUAUUAAGAAAGAAAUGUCAGGAGCGGAAGAGGCUAUUGUGGAGUUGGAGAAUCGCCUGGAGGAAGUGACUCUGGAGGAUGUGGCCGCCAGACACCGACGGGAGAAGAAGGAGCUUCAGGCCAAGCUUCAGGCAAUGAAAAAGAAUGCCCCGAAGAACAACAAAAAUAAGCGCAAGGAGUUCCUGGAGGAGAUGACCCGUCUGGAAGGAGAGCUGGAGCAGCGGCAUAAGGCAGAGCUGCAGGCGGCAGAAGCCAAGGAAGCGCCAGGGAACGUCGCAGAACCCGCCCCAGAGGAGGAGGCGAAAAAGCCGGCAGUGAAAGUGGAUGAGAACAAGGAAGAGGAUGAAGAGGAGGACCAGGCGCCCUCCAAUCAGCGGGUGUCCAAGGCCCAGAAGCGCCGGAACAAGAAGGCCAAGGAGGCACGCGAACGUGAGGCGGAAAUCAAGGUGGAACUACAAAACGCUGCCAACCAGCCAUCGCCCAAGCUUAUCGAACUGGAACAGAUCACGGCCAAGUUGUCCGGCCGCCAACUGACCCUGCACCACAUAGCCUCCGAUGGCGACUGUUUGUACCAGUCCAUACGUCACCAGCUAAUCGUCAACGGUCUUCCGGGGCACAGUGUCCAGGGGCUGAGAGAAGAGACUGCCAAUUAUGUGCGCGCCAACAAGGAGGCGCUCAUCAGCUACAUGACUCAUCCAGAGACAGGGGACCUGCUCGACGACGAGCAGUUCGAGAAGUACUGCCAGGACAUAGAAAAAACUCAUGCCUGGGGCGGGCACAUUGAACUGAAGGCCAUCUCAUCGCUGCUCCGAGUGCCCAUCGAAGUCAUUCAAGCGGAGGGAGCUGCCACGCUGCUGGGACAGGAGGAGUUCGGUGGUUCGCCCUUGGUGAUCUGUUACCAUCGUCACAUUUACCAGCUGGGCGCCCACUACAACUCAACAGUUCCAGCAGAGGCUUGAAGCUGGAAAGAAACCUCAGGAACGCAUACAACGAACGAUUUUGUAACAGAUUUGUUUUUAUUAAUAAUGUUGAUUUUAUAAAUACGUAUGCAUUUGGAA